CAGAAGUUUCUCUGCACACAGCGACACUGAAGCUACAUGCACGGUCUCUCGGAGUUAAAUGCCUCCUCUUAGGUUUGUUUGACACAACAAAACUGCGAGUGAUGUAGCAACGAGUGGAGAUUAAAAAAAAAAAAAAAAACGAGGUCGCACAGUGACAGCAGGACUUCUGAUUGGUGAAGAUGCCCGUCCCGCCGCCCCCGCCCCCACCUGCCCCGCCCCCUACAUUUGCUGCGGCGAACACAGAAAAACCGACACUCAACAGAUCAGAGCAGCAAGGGAGGAACGCGCUCCUGACUGACAUCACGAAAGGCACGCGGCUGAAGAAGGCCGUCACCAAUGACCGAAGCGGCCCCGUCUUUGACAAGCCCAAGGGUGGAGGAGGAGGAGGAGGUGGAGGAGGAGGUGGUGGCGGCAUGGGAGGAGGAGGUGGAGCAGGAUUUGGAGGAGGCACUGCCGGGGGCCUGGGUGGGCUCUUCCAGGGAGGGAUGCCAAAGCUCCGUUCAGCAGGGAACAGAGACAGCAGCGAUUCUGGAGGAAAUAGACCCCCUAUACCGCUCCCUGGAGGAAGGCCCUUGGCAGCCGGACCCCCCAGGCUUCCCGAAACGCCCCCCAUCCCUCGGUCAAGCGCCCCUGACCUACCAAAGGCUCGGAUGACGUCUCCCCGGCCUGACUUUGGGGGCGCGCCACCCCCUGUACCAAAUACUCCUCGGCCAAACCAGGGAGGCUUGCAAACCCGAGGCCCCCCACCCCUACCUGGCGGGCGGCCUCCGGCUGCUGGACCGGCCCCCCCACCCCUGGUCCCACCUGGCAGGCAUGGUGGUGCCCCCCCUCUGCCCGGAGGAGGAGGCCCGUUUAACCGCCAGCCCUCCUUCUCCGGGCCUCCGCCCUCCAACAACAGCCGGCCUCCCCUUCCCCCUACUCCCAUUAAAGCCCCCGACGACCGCCCCCCCAUCCCACCCAUGGGUCACCGGCCCUCCAUCCCUCGCGACGGACCCCCGCUACCACCGUCUCUCAGCAGCAAGCCUGCGGGACUCACACCAGCCCGUGCGACCAGCACCAACGCCCCGCCUCUGCCCCCUGGCCGCCCCGGCCCCCCCCCACUGCCUGCCACCCCGGCGAGUAAUGAACACACUCCCAAGCUCCCCCAGAGGAGGUUAUCCCUAAACACGCCUGCUCCAGUGCCCCCUCCAGGCCGUAGCGGCCCCCUGCCAACUCCUCCUAAUGACAGAGCCCCUCCUCUGGCCCGGUCCGGUCCCUUACCUCCCCCUCCCAAUGAAAGGCCCCCACCUCCAGGCAGGAACCCACCUGGCCGAACUGGCCCCCUUCCGCCGCCCCCACCUGUGGGAAGAUCAGUCGGCAGUGUGAGGGGCUCUCCGGUUCCCCCCCCACCGAACAGACCGGGGACGGAACCAAUCCGAAGAGGGUCCAGACCCCCUCUUCCACCAGACAGGACAGGUGCUGGGGGUCCCCCACUUCCACCGCCCCCCAUGGGGAACGGGUACCACGACUCGUACCCCCCCUUCACAGAUGAGUGGGAGGCCAGGUUUUCCUUCCACCCGGUGUCCGAUUUGCCCCCGCCGGAGCUGUACGUACCCUCCCUGAAGACCUACCCCAGCAAGGUUGCCAGGGGUGAGAGCAGAGGCUCAGGGAGGAGGGAUAGGGGUGCACCUCCUCUGCCCCCGAUUCCCAGGUGAGCUGCACUUAUAUCUCUUGGUUGUUUUUUGGACCUGGCUUCCACAACUGCUCCAUCCUGGACCUACGCUUGCAAGGGACUCUGUCGUCCUCUGCUUUUACAGCACUCAACCUUAAGAUCAAUCCUGCUGUAUGCCUCUGGGUGGAUUGUUUUGUAUAUGGCUGUUAAAAAUGUGUGUAUAAAUUCUGUUAUGCUCAGCCCCACUAAACACCCCCCCCCCCCCCCUCCCCCCCAGCUGACGAUAUCACACUCCGAACAAUUGACGUUGAACUCUUUCUUUCCCAGGAUUGUUUUUUUUAUGUUGACGUUCUCUUGACGUUUUGUAUAAAACAUGAUAGAAUCCGAAGGACGAUUAUUGAUAUUCCUGAUUUCAUUAAAGUGUCUCAUGCACUGCCAGAUGUUUGGUGUCUCCAUAAUGGCCUCUGUUUUUUGGUUUGUCUUCAAGUUGGGUUUGAAUUGGGGUCCAAUCCUAGUGCCAUUUUUAAACAUGAACAUUGAAGGUUUUAUUAACUUUUAUACCUGGAGUCUUAUUUUUAUUAUGAAAAUUCAUCUCCCUGGUGGAGAAAUAUCGAAAUACUCAAAUUAUAUUUGUCUUUAUAUAAACUUUAUCACCAAGAGACAAAAAGUGGAUUAUAUUUCAUAUUUUUAAAAAACUGGUCAAAAUAUUUUUCAUUGAAGAGUAUCACCUUGGGAAAAGUCACAGCUUGAUUACAAGCUUUUUAUUACUGUCUUAGUGUAUUCUAAUUUUGGUCUGAUAUCAGUGUUACGCUAUAUUUAUGUGUGCUACAGUCAUUUAAAGUACAGAUGCACAAGGUCUUAUUACACGAUCCCCGGACUGUCUGUCUUGAGGUUCAUGUGCUAUUGGAAAUUAAUGACAAAGAUGAUAGGUGGUCUGGUAGGCUUACUUUAAAGUGUGUGUGCAUGUUUUCUCCCCCAAAUGCGUUAUGUGUUAUUGUCAUUUAUUUAACCAUUAAAUAAUGUUUUGGAAGAA